CGAGCCAGGUUCAGUUACCAAUUUCGUGUGCAGCCGUUCGGUUUGAAUGCGGCAUGGCGUGGACACUGUGAGCCCACAGCGAUCGAAUGGAAAUAAAAGCCACUCUCAGCCCAGGCGAAUCCCCAAUCCCAGCUCUAUAAUGUGUGCACAGUUAAGUGGAUCGAAGGUUGUUGUGCUGAUGGUGGGGCUAGUGAUGCUAUCGACGCCACCUGCCAGUGAAAGUGCCAACGUCCCGGAUCGCCGAUAUCCCGCUGGAGUCGAUUUCUUUGAGCACGAAUUCACCAGCGUGGCGGAAGAUGAAUACGAUCCCUAUGGGCCCGACAUUGGUGACGACGACUUGGGGAUCGACGAUCCGGAGACAAUGCCGCGGCUUUUCCAAGGAGACAUUGCCAUUGACCCAUACACCUACAUAACCCUCCGUCUGGGUGUUAAUCCAAUGAGACAUCCUAAGCGACUCUGGCCAAAUGGAACGAUUCCCUUCGAGAUCAGUCCACGAUACGCCAAUCCCGAAAGACAGGCCAUAAUUCAGGCCGUGAAAACGUUCAACUCCCUAACUUGUGUGAGAUUUGUUCCGUACGAUGGGGAAGUAGAUGAUUACCUGCUGAUCGAGCCACCUAUAGAAGGACCCCAAGGAUGUUGGUCGUAUGUGGGAAGGAGAGGCGGAGAACAGGUGGUGUCCCUCCAAAGACCCGACGAAAACAGUGCCCACUGCUUCAGCAGCGAGGGAAGGAUAAUGCAUGAGCUGAUGCACGCCAUCGGGAUUUACCACGAGCAGUCCCGGGCUGAUCGCGACAACUUCGUCAAGAUCCACUGGGACAACAUAGUGCCGCGAUUCAGGAAGAACUUCAAACUGGUGUCGAAGAAAAAGGGGAAGUACGCCUUCGAUUACGACUACAACUCGGUGAUGCACUACGGGGAAUUCUACUUCAGCAAACGGAAAGGGGAAAAGCCCACCAUGACCCCUUUGCAACCCGGGGUAAGGAUCGGCCAACGGAAGACCAUCAGCAAGAUCGACUGCCUCAAGAUCAACGAGCUCUACGGCUGCCUGCAGGGUCGCAGGGCCAAGAUGUACCGCAGUUUCUGCCAUCUACUUGGCCUGUAAAGGAACAACGGAUAAGAGAUUUUAUAAAUCACAUUGAUUUGUUAUUUAAUAAAUUAAUUCGUAGACUUUAA